AAAUGAACGGUUAUUCCAAGAUGAAAGGCAAUGGCAACGGGAAAUCAUCAAGAUCCAUAGACCAAUUCUGGCCGGAUCAUUCUGCACUUCCCCAACCCCCAAGUCCUAUUUCCGAGCCAGCACCACCAAACCCCACACCCAAUAACCAACCCCAACACCACCCCACUAAGACCGCCGGCCAGCAUGAUCCGUUACCGGAGCAAGAGGGGAAUACUACUUCCGGUCCAAAACUGAAGAGAAACAGUUCGGUUUCUUCGGCUUACGCACUUCAGGCAACGGUGAAGAGAGCGUUCUCGAUGCGGAGGUCGUCAUCUGUUUCGGAAAGGUACCGCAGGAUCCACGACCAAUCUAUGAUUUGGGAAACAGCAACAUUUGACGGUGAAGAAGAGGCGGACAACACUGUGGGGACGGCAAGAUCUGCGGAGAAGAGGAAGAAACAUAACAGAGGCAAGAUCCUUAAAGCAUGGAAGAAACUUUUUGGACUCUAGUGUAUGAUUAUAAAAAUCAUGAGAAAAUAUUGAUCCCUUAGAGUUAGCUAUAUUAUUAUUGUCUUUUCAUUUUCCUAUUUUGGUUUUAAUUUUAGUAUUAAUUUAAGACUUUGUUAUUGUUUUUUCUUUUCCUUUUCCCCCUUUUUCUUUUGAGGACCUAAUAAGUACGUGAAGGUGAU